AUGUCGGGUAGGGAAGAAAAGAAGCUGCCCGUGCCGAAAUUCUCCUCUUUCAAGCCCAAGACCGCCGAACCUGCCCCCGCGCAAGAGCCGGCCGCAGCAAGAGGCAAAGAUGACGUAGAGAGACCACCACACCGCAGCAGCGGCGGCGGCGGCGACGGCAGGCACCGACACCGUUCCCGCCGCUCGCAUCGCCACGGCGGCGACAAGCGGACGCGGAGCGCGUCGAGGAGCCCCAGCCCCAAGCGCCCGAGGACCAGGGACAGGGAUCGGUCCAGAAGCCCGAGGGAGACCGGCCCCCGGCCGGGAGAAGCUCGAGGUGAGAAGCAAGCAGCAGUACGCGCUACCACCCAAGCCGAUCGUCGCCGUAGACCCCGUCUCGGACCUGUUUGUGAUCGACAAAAGGGCGAUCCGCUGCUGCCCAAGUAUGGCGCGGACAGGUACAAGCAGGUGGCAUUCUACCGGCCGAGGCGGGAGCGCGUUCUCGGCACCGAAGGGUACCUGUACAUACACCGCGAUGCCCCGCUCGAACAGUUUAGCAUCCGCAAGCCUGGCGAGAUGUACGGUGCGCCGUCGCUGAGGGACAAGAAUGCCUUCCGCGUCAAGCUCCGGCAGGUGGAGCCACGCCUGCUCAGGGCGAGCAAGAAGGCGGCGAGGGACACUGACGGGCCCGAAGAAGAUUUUAUUUCCUUGAAACCACCAAAGAAGAAGAAGAACCGGGGGCUCGGCGACUCAUCCGAGGACGAGCGCGGGCCCAACUACAGGUCCAUCCUAGGCAAGGAAAAGGCCAAGGGCCCUCUUGAUGACGAAGGCGACGGCGAGACUUCCGACGAUGACGACAUGGAGCGGACGACGGAUCCCCUCAACGAAAAGUCCAUUGAGCUCUCGCGCCGCGUCAAGGAGCAUCCGGACGACAUUCCCGCCUGGCUCGAGCUGAUAAGCCACCAAGACGUCCUGAUGAAGGCGGGCGCCAAUGGGCAAGAGCCCACGGCCAACGAGGUCCGGAGCUUCUCCGAGAUCAAGCUCUCCAUGUACGACAAGGCCCUCGCACAGGUAUGGGAUCCGCAGGCGCACGAGAAACGCUGGGCCAAGAUCGAGAAGGAGGUAGAAGACAGCUUCCUCCUCUGGAAGACCCGACUUGAUUAUAAGCUAUCCGACAUUGUCACCUUUCGAUACGACGCGCUCAAGCAAAUGUUUAUCGAUCGCCUGGCGCUGGUGGCCCGCAAGGCCGACGGGGAAGUGGUGCGCGUCAGGCAGAUGGCGCUUUAUCGCGAGCUCCUCUACGUUUUCCUACGAGCUACGAGGUUCUUCCACGACUGUGGGUACAGGGAACUGGCGGUGGCGUCUUGGCAGGCGCUGCUGGAGCUCAACUUUUGCGGCCCGGAGUUUCCCAACCCUGCCGGCGCCGUACCGGAGAGCUUUCAAGAAUUUUGGGAGUCCGAGGUGCCGAGAGUGGGCGAGCCGGCGGCGCUGGGCUGGCGCAGCUUCCUCGCCACGGGCGACGACUCGUCAGUUCCCGAGGCUGCACCUCGCGGCACCGGUCCCGGAGGACCUCAAUCUAGAGACGUGUACAAGGCGUGGGCGCUCAAGGCAGAGCUCUUCGAUGCCUUCCUGGCCUUUUGCCAGCUACCGCCCGUCUCACCGAAUAAGCAGUCAUGGGGCACGGAUCCUCACCUGGCCGCGAUGGACGGUGUCUUUGAGCAACUUGCCGUCGCGCAGCCGAAGCGAUUCACAGAGGGUGACGAGUCUACGCGGGCUCCGCCCCCACUUGUUCAAGAAGCAAUCACGGCGGCCAUCGCGCCCAAGGCGAUCUGCUCGCUUCUUUUGUCGCUGAAACACGCCAGCAAAGAGAGUUUGCCGGUCGAGCUCCCUUGGGUGGCGCGCACCCUCGGUACCCUCGUCGCUUCCAGUCACGAGGACCUAGCGCAGCACUGCCUCGCCCUCGAGUACAUCUCGAACCCUAGCGGCGUGAAGAACGCCGCCAGGACGCUCCUCAAACAGUACCGGCAAAACAUUGGCCUUUAUAACCUGUACGCGCUCUUGGAGUGGGACGCCGGGAACCUCAAGGCAGCCCGUAGCGUCCUCUCCGCGGCCACCCAGCUCGACGACGAGGCGGGCGCCCAAGGCACUCGGGUCCUGUGGCUCAGCUGGGCAUGGAUCGAGUUCGCGUCCAAGUCGCCCGCUCCGCGCGUCCUCGCCCGGCUCUGCUUCGUGCCCGACGCGGAAGGCGAGGCCUCGCCGGCCCUCGUGCUGAAGCAGAAGCAGGAUCUACGGGCGGACUCGGAGAGCGCCUUUCGCCGGGACGACCUGGAUGCUUUUGCGGUCGAUGCCAAGCUCCUCGCGCUGGCCGAGUACCUCUCGUCCGACGUUGGCACGGAGCCCCGGUCGGCGGGCCAGGGCAGCAUCUCGGCGGCGAUGGAUGUGGUGUGGGAUCGCUCAGAGAGGCUGGCGGCUCGCGGUCAUGGAGAUUCCGCGCAGCACGAGGAGCUUCUCGAGUUUGCCGCCCUGCUUCUCUACCGCCACAGCACCUUGGGACCGUACCGCCGCGUCUACAUCAGCGACCAACUCAAGCGCUGCAUCCAGCUCUUCCCGACCAACACCAACUUCAUCGCCCUCUUCGACUGGGCCGCCUCGGUCCUCCGCGUGGGCGACGAGUUCCGCAAUCUCGUAGCGGACCUCGUGCUCGUCGGCGACCGGGACAGCGUCGCGCUGCGGGCGUGCGCCAUCGCCCACGAGCUCGGGGCCGGAGGGUCGACGUACGCGGCUGGCGCGGCGUUCGCGCGCGCUGGCGAGCGCGGGUGCCGGGGCAAGCCCGUGGCUGUGGACGUGCUACGUGCGGUUCUGCCAAGCGCGUGA